GCCAUCAUAAACGUUAAGGACAUCAUAGCUACAGUUCACAAAAUGAAAUAUACACAUUUUUUAAUAUUUCAUUUCGUGAUUGUUUACGCUGGAGAUCUCGCUGAAAGAACUGUCAACAAUCGCGAUCAAUACAAGAACAUAUUAAAAACGGUUCCAGUUCUUCUCGAACAUCUCAUAGAUAUUUUACAAUAUAAACCACAAAUAUUAGAAAAAGAUGACAUAAAAAUAUUCACUAUAGAAAGCCCUAGAAAAUACGAUAUUGAUAAUAAAAAAGAUUUUUAUAUAACAAACAAGAAAGAAAUCAAAACAUCCAAUGAUCACAAAAAAUUAUCCCACAAAGAAGCAAACUAUUCAUUCUAUAAUACAAGUGAACAUAUAAAAAAACACCUGCCUGUAGUAAAGAAGUAUAUUGUUAAGAAAGACGUAAUUCUUAAUGAAAUGUCGCAGCGUAAGAAUUCAAAUAAUUAUGAAACAAAACUCUCUAAAUUCUGCAAUGAAAGCAAUUAUUAUAAGAAUGAUUUUGCAACUAAUAACAAAGAGAGUGCAUUCGUCUUCACUUUAUUUAACAACACCGAUGUCAAAGCAAGAAUAGACGAUGUAACUACAAAUAAUUUUAUUCCACUUACAGCAGAGAAGAUAAUUGAAAUGACUUUUGCAGUAGAAACACGCUUAGAAGAAUAUAAUAAGAUUUUUUAAAUGCUGCUUCUCUUAAAGGACUUUCCCGUAAA